GUAGCUGAAAACUGUUUUUCUUCAAGCAUUUUGUUCUGCAUUGCUUCCGUUUUAGCUCUUGCAUCCACAUUCUGUCGAUCCCAAUUCACUUCUCGUAUUGUUUUCUGGAUCUUGAUGGAUUCUGUCGUUUGGGUUUUUCUUCGAUUUUAGAUUUAUAUAUGUGAAAUUAAGCUUCAAACCCAUCUUUGUUAUAUGAAACCUACUUUUAGGGUCUAAAUUAGCUUUCAGAAAAGUUCAAAACCUUUUUGAGCUUAACUUGAUGAAGAUGAUUUUGGAGGUUUUAUUGGUGGUUAUGUUUAUCGGUCCUGCUAUGAGUCAGCUUCCUUCACAGGACAUUUUAGCAUUGCUUGAAUUCAAGAAAGGAAUCAAGCAUGAUCCAACGGCGUUUGUUCUUAGUUCUUGGAAUGAGGAAUCGAUUGAUUUCAAUGGGUGUCCUUCUUCUUGGAAUGGAAUCAUGUGUAAUGGUGGUAAUGUUGCUGGUGUGGUUCUUGAUCAUCAUUCAUUAGUAGCUGAUGUUGAUUUGGAUGUGUUUGCAAACCUCACGAAAUUGGUAAAGCUUUCGAUCUCGAACAAUUCGAUUUCGGGGAAAUUUCCGAGAAAAAUUGCUGAAAUGCUUGAAUUUCUUGAUAUUUCUGAUAAUCUGUUUAAUUCAUCUCUACCGCUGGAUAUCGGUAAAGUUCAGAGCUUAAAGAAUCUAUCUUUAGCUGGAAACAACUUUACUGGACCCAUUCCUGAUUGGAUUUCGGGGCUUAACUCGAUACAAUCGUUAGAUUUGAGUCGAAACUCGUUCUCAGGGCCAAUUCCACCAUCUUUGACACAUUUGAACAAUUUGGUUUACCUAAAUUUAUCUGAAAACGGGUUUAUGAAGAAAAUUCCAAGUGGGUUUCAAGAUAUGGUUGCUCUUGAGGUUCUUGAUUUGCAUGGGAACAUGUUUGAUGGUGAUUUUGAUGCUCAAUUCUUGCUGUUAACAACUGCAAUUCAUGUCGACUUUAGUGGGAAUCUUCUAGUAAGUUCUUCGAGUCAACAAGAAAAGUUCCUAGCUGGGAUUUCUGAUACUGUCAAAUACUUGAAUCUUAGUCGUAACCAGCUAACCGGAUCUUUAGUUACUGGCGGCGUGGCACAGAUGUUCGGGAGCGUGGUUGUGUUGGAUUUGAGCUACAACCAAUUCGCCGGUGAACUUCCUAGUUUCAAUUUCGCUUAUGAUCUUCAGGUUCUUAAGCUCUCGAAUAACAGGUUUUCUGGCUUUAUACCGAAUGAUCUUCUGAGAGGCGAUUCGUUGGUUUUAACCGAGUUAGAUUUGAGUGGCAAUAAUUUCACAGGGUCGAUUAGUAUGAUUAUGUCGACAACACUGCAAGUUCUUAAUCUAUCCAACAAUGUGCUCACGGGUGAGCUUCCGUUGGUCACUGGUGGUUGUACGGUUCUAGAUUUGUCGAAGAACAAGUUUGAUGGAAACCUGACCAAACUGGUGAAAUGGGGGAACCUAGAGUUUCUUGAUCUUAGUCAGAAUCAGUUAACUGGUUCGAUCCCAGAGGUCAUCGCGCAGUUCUUACGGCUUAACCACCUGAAUCUUUCUCAUAAUUCUCUUGAUUCAGCCAUCCCGAAAGCAAUCACGAUGUUUCCUAGACUCUCGGUUCUUGAUUUGGGGUUCAACCGGUUUGGUGGACCGUUCCCAAAUGGUUUAAUAUCUAUGCCCACUCUACAAGAACUUCAUCUUCCAAAUAAUGAACUUGUGGGAAGUGUUGAUUUGUUUUCAUCUUCUUUCUCUAACGAUUCCAACAUACGAGUUCUUGAUAUUUCUGAUAAUCAGCUCGAUGGCGAUUUUCCUGAUGGAUUUGGUUUGUUAACUGGACUUCAAGUUCUUGAUGUCUCGGGGAACAAUUUCUCUGGUUCUUUGCCACCGUCUUUAGGUGGACUUUCGGAUCUUGUUUCUUUAGAUAUUUCCCAGAAUCAUUUCACUGGUCCAUUGUUAAAGAAUUUGACUGACGAUCUAAAGAGCUUUAAUGCAUCUUAUAAUGAUCUUUCUGGCGUUGUUCCCGAGAAUUUGCGAAAAUUUCCCGAAUCGGCUUUUUUCCCCGGAAAUUCCGACUUGCAGUUUCCUAAUCCACCUCCGGGACCGAACCCCAGUGCCUCAUCCAACAAGAAGAAACCGAUCAAAACCAUUUUUAAAGUGCUGGUGAUCGUUGCUUGUGUUAUUGCUGUAGUGAUCUUGAUUCUUCUAGCGGUUUUCAUCCAUUACAUGCGUAUAUCACGGCGGCCACUUCCGCAAGAAGUUGGCACGAAGGACGUGCGGCGGCGGCAAACUGCCGCCGGAAGUGGUGGAGGAAUGGUGAUUUCAGCUGGCGAUAUAAUGACUUCACGGAAAGGGUCAUCAUCUGAGAUGAUUACUCCUGAAAAGAUAGGUGGAGGAGGGGCAGUGGCGAGUUUCUCUCCGUCUAAAACCAGUGGUUUCUCUUAUUCGCCGGAUUCUGGAGACUCUUAUACCGUCGAAAAUCUUUCUAGACUCGAUGUGCGGUCACCCGAUCGAUUGGCGGGUGAACUUUACUUUCUGGAUGACACGGUUUCAUUUUCACCUGAGGAAUUGUCACGGGCCCCAGCCGAGGUUUUGGGUCGGAGUAGCCACGGGACGUCAUACAGAGCAACACUUGAUAACGGAUUGUUGUUGACUGUCAAAUGGUUAAGAGAAGGGGUUGCAAAACAGAGAAAAGAUUUCGCCAAGGAGGCUAAAAAGUUUGCAAAUAUACGACACCCGAAUGUCGUCGGAUUGCGAGGGUACUAUUGGGGGCCCACGCAACACGAGAAGCUAAUUCUUUCGGAUUACAUAUCUCCAGGAAGCCUUGCGAGUUUCCUCUAUGAUCGACCUGGAAGAAAAGGGCCGCCAUUGACAUGGGCACAAAGGCUAAAAAUAGCAGUCGAUAUUGCUCGUGGCCUAAACUACCUCCAUUUUGACCGUGCUAUUCCACACGGAAACCUCAAAGCAACCAACAUUCUGUUAGAUGGUGUGGAUUUGAAUGCCCGUGUUGCCGAUUACUGUCUCCACCGUCUUAUGACCCAAGCAGGAACCGUAGAGCAGAUUCUCGAUGCUGGGGUUCUAGGUUAUCGUGCACCCGAGCUGGCUGCUUCCAAACGACCGCUUCCUUCUUUCAAAUCAGAUAUGUACGCGUUUGGAGUCAUCUUGUUGGAACUUUUGACCGGAAAGUGUGCGGGUGAUGUGGUCUCCGGUGAAGAUGGUGGUGGGGUUGAUUUGAACGAUUGGGUGCGGUUGAAGGUGGCGGAAGGACACGGGCCCGAUUGUUUUGAUGCAGUGUUGAUAACGGAAAUGGGAACACCGGCUGCGGAUAAGGGAAUGAAGGAGGUUCUUGGGAUCGCGUUAAGGUGUAUACGGCCGCUCUCCGAGAGGCCAGGAAUCAAGACGGUUUACGAGGAUCUUUCGUCUAUAUAAGUAGCUAGUUUUUUUUGGGUUUCUUUUUGACUUAGAUUAGAGAUUGAACUGGUGGAAUCAAUAGUUCAUUGGUCCCUCUUUUUUUUAAUGAUCUGAUGGGUGAUUUCUGAAGCUAUGUUGUUCCUUUUUUGAAAAAUGGUGGGUGGUUUGCUUUAUUAUUAGAUUUGGAUUGGAAUCAUUGGAUCCUUUAUG